UCCUGCCUCAUGAUACUCCUCACCUCCUCUCUCUUGUCGUCUCAACGCCCCUCCCUCACAGCUUUCCUCCACCUGCUACUGUUGGCUGUGUCCUCGGCGGACCCUCUCCCAGCCCCUAAGCUCUCCACAGACCCCACAUAUGAUGUCUAUUAUGAAGGGGAAUUUGUCACAAUGAAGUGCGUGGCUGCAACAAACAGAAAAAUAGGUGGAUUUCGGUUCUUCAAUCAAAGCAGGCAGCAAAUCGACCUAAGAGCACCUUACUCCCGCCCGACAGCCUGGCUCCAGCUCACAGCUACAAAAGCAUCUGCUGGGAAGUACACGUGUAUGUACUUUGUGGAGGACUCUGGACAAGAAAUUCCUUCCAAUAGGAGCCUUCCUCUUUCAAUUAAGGUUCAGGCUGCUCCCAUGGCCCCAACUUUAUCCCUGGAUCCUCAGCAGCCGUUCUAUACAGCCGGGAACUACGUCAAGCUACUCUGCUCCAUCCCCUCAUCUAUAGAUGGUGUUAAAGAAGUCCAGUACUAUGCAGACUUUGGACUUACAGUCUCCAUCCCAGUAUUGAACGUGAAAAACUGCACCUAUGACCUCAAGAUCAAGGGAGAGGAGCACUCUGGUUCUUACAGUUGUGCCUAUAUUGUAAUUGAGUCUAGACGUCCCGUUUCCUCAGAAAGGAGCCGUGGUGUCAAUGUCUAUGUGAAAAGCCAUAAAAUCAGCUGGAUUCGAGAGAUCGUUGUUGGGGGUUUGUUCUUUACCAUCAAUGGCCUCAUCUUUUUCUUCUCCCACCGCCUGAUGAAGAGAAGAGAGGUUCAAGACUGAAGAAAAGCCAUUUCCGAUGCUGCUGCUUCCCUCAUUUGCAGAUCUGGAAGAGGGAUUGCAGAUGGACUGACAAGAGGAAUGAGAAGAAGAAUCCCCUAAAGGUUUUGCUCUAUUAGCUAAGGCAAUCUGUUCCUCGGGCCCUGCCUGAUUGCUCGUUGUCUGCCUCAGAGUCCCCAAGAGGUAGAAGUGGUGCAUGUUCAACCGGCAUUGCUUUGGCUGCUCCGUUCCUCUGUGCAGACCCCCGUGCCUUCCAACCUGCUUCAGGUCCAU